AAGUGAAAUUGAAUAUGUGAAUUCAUUCAUCUAGUCAAUAAACAGGCCAGGCAGGAACCAAGAAAGACCACUUCCCUGACCUCUGGGACUUAUAUUCUAGAGGGGAAGACAGGUAGUGAAGGCGCAAACAAACAAGAUAAUUCCAGAAAGUGAUAGUUUUCAUGAGAAACACAUUGGUUGUCAUGUUGGAGCAGACCUGCAGUGGCCAGGGUGGCCAGGGAAGAGGCCUUUCUGAGGAGUUGACAUUUGAGCAGAGUCCCAAAUCACCAAAGGGAGCCAGCCACCUUGGGAAGCUUUCCAGGCAGUAGGGCCAGCAAGUGCAAAGGCCCUGGGGUAGAGUGAGCCUGGUGGUUUUUGAAAGUUAGGCAGGAGGCAUGUGAGCAAGAGAAAAUGGGUUGGAAUGGCAGGUUUCCUCAGAUGAUCCUGGACCCCAGGAAGGGUGUGAGGAGCUGUGGGGAGGCUUCUGACCAAGACAGGGCUGUGACCUGACUCAGGAUUUUACAAGCUCCCUCUGGCUGCUGUGAAGGGAGCAUGGAUAGGCACUGGGAGUACAGUGAGGAGGGAACUACAGUGCCAGGCAGAGGUGGUGGCAGCUGGACAGGGGAGGGAGUGGGGGAAGUGGUCAGAUUGCAGAUAGGCUUUGAAGGUAGAGCUGACAGCCUCCUGAUGGUUUAGACAGAAAGGCAGUGGGAGAAAGAUUGAGGCUUUGGCCCAAGUGGCAGGGCGGGCCCUUAUGGCCCUGGGAGAGACUGAGAAAUGAACCUUUGGUGCUUUCUGCUCAGGAUCCUCGAUGAACAUCUGCACAGGUGUGGGUCCUGGGGAGAAGCUAACAGGUUGGGGUGAAUUUUGGACUCAGAUGCCUGGGUUUUAGGCUUGCGCUGCUGGUUACUGGUCCCUUUCACUAUGGGGGUGGAGACUGGGGAAUAGCUGAAUGAGUACGGUUACUACUGGCACCCUGGGAAUCUCACCGGCCCCCUGUAGGUUUCACCAUCAUCAUCGAGCCCUUUGAUGACAGGACCCCGACCAUUGCCAACCCUAUCCUGCACUUCAGCUGCAUGGAUGCCUCUCUGGCUAUCAAACCUGUGUUCGAGCGCUUCCAGUCUGUCAUUAUCACAUCUGGGACGCUGUCACCGCUGGACAUCUAUCCCAAGAUCCUGGACUUCCACCCUGUCACCAUGGCAACCUUCACCAUGACGCUGGCCCGGGUCUGCCUGUGCCCCAUGAUCAUUGGCCGAGGCAACGACCAGGUGGCCAUCAGCUCCAAAUUUGAGACCCGGGAAGAUAUUGCGGUUAUCCGCAACUAUGGAAACCUCCUGCUGGAGAUGUCUGCGGUGGUCCCCGAUGGCAUCGUGGCCUUCUUCACCAGCUACCAGUACAUGGAGAGCACNCGGCAGCCCAGCUCCAGCUUCUAG